UGGCCCCAUGUGGGCUUACAUCCUGGCCCACGAGAACGCUGUCUCUCUCUGGAGGUCCCUGAUGGGGCCCACCAAGGUGUUCCGAGCUCGGCACACUGACCCAGACUCCAUCCGUGGAGCCUUCGGCCUCACCGACACCCGGAACACCACCCACGGCUCGGACUCGCCUGCCUCAGCCAGCAGAGAAAUUGCCUUUUUCUUCCCCGAGUUCGACGAGCAGCGCUGGUACCUGCAGGAGGAGCCUCAGCUGCGCCGUGGGCAGGUGUACUACAGCGCCCAGGAGCGCGUGCACCGUCCGCUCGGGGCCCAGGGGGCACAAAUCACCUGA